CCGAAUCCCACUCGAAUGAGAUUACUGAAUCACUGUCCGAGAAGAGAUAGGACUUGAAAAGACCGCGACGUCGUUUUCCACUCUAUUUCGUCGAGGCGGACGAGCCGCUUCAACUGUAACACUACUCCACGUCUGCACUGACAGGUGCACUCACCAUUCUCUCCAACGGAGAGACGUCACUCCCACCGACUCUUUUACGCCUUAUUUGCCGACCUUCGUUUUGCUAAUACAUGUGCAAAAGACCAUCUUUUGCUCCCCCGUGCGGCUGGUUUUAGUUUGGCACUAGUUUACACCAGGCUUUUCAAGGCGUUACAAUAGUUUUUUUUUUUUCUUGGUAAUCAAGCGGCAACUGAAGGGACGCAGCAGACUUCUCUUUUUGUUCGGCAGGAUUACAAAUGGGAGAUUCGCCAUCAGAAAAAGGCCUGAAUGAAGGCCAUUACAAGCAGUUUGUCUUCCUGUUGAAGGAUGGGAAAACUAUAUGCAGGACCCAGUGCUUAAAUCCUCCAGCAGAAGUGCCUCGACGUUGGAAUUUGCAUGAAAUUGUACCAAGAUCUAGGGUAAAAAUCCAUCAUAAUCUGCCUCAUUGCUUUUUACGCCCUGCUGCUGAAUGUUUACGUGACCAAAAUGAGUGGGCAAGGUUUUUGUCUCAUCUGCAGAAAAGAGACACGGUUGCAAUUGCCAAAUUUGACUUCUUUGAGUUCUAUAUACUUCCUCCUGUUGAAGCCUAUAAUUUUAGCCAUGUUAGAGUUGCAUACCGGGCAGAAAAGCAAAGUGGUCAAAAGCCUUGUGAAUCAGUUGUGGAUACAGCUGAAGCAUGUCAAUUUAAGCAGCAAAGCUUAGAUCCAACUGAGAUUUGUGGUAACAGUUGCUCCAUGUCACCUCAUGAGUUUUCUGCUAGGAACAAUGGGCAUAUGCAGUCAAGGGAUGUGAGCAUUAGUGAAGAUAAUGGUGUGCCUUUUGCCAAGUUUGCAAAGUCAAAUGGUGAUCACCUUGGUUCUGUGCCAGUAGGUAGAUGGCAGCCCUGUGCUGUGAAACGGGAUGGAUCAUUAGAAAAAAAUUAUGUCCAGGCAGACCCAAGUUACCUGCAGACUCUUGGUCAAGCACAUUCUGGAUGGAUUUUUGGUGCAAUAGCUGAGCUUGUUGAUAAUUCUAGGGAUGCAAAAGCAAGCAGACUGGAUAUUUCUAUUGAGAUCAUAUAUUCAAAAAGAGAUGGAAAAGAUAUUCCUAUGUUGUCAGUUAUAGAUGAUGGCCAUGGGAUGACCCAUCAGGAGGUUGUAAGAAUGAUGUGUUUUGGGCACAAGCAACCUGAUGCAAAUCAUCAGGAUCAUAUAGGGAGAUUUGGUGUUGGAUUUAAGACUGGAGCAAUGAGGCUUGGCAAGGAUGCUCUUGUUCUCACUCAGACAACUGAUUCCAGAUCUAUAGCCUUCCUCUCACAUUCUUUAAAUGAAGGAAAAGAUAAUCUAGAGAUUCCCAUUGUAAGCUACUGCAGAAAAGGACAGUUCAUGGAAUUAGAUACAAGUGUCCAGUCUGAAGCUUUAGCAAAGUACAACUUGAAAGCUAUUAAGGAAUUUUCACCAUUUGAUAAGUAUUUGAUUGGUGAAAAAGCAGGCUUGUUUAGUAAAAAACUCACGGGAACACAGAUAUACAUAUGGAACUUAGAUAAAUGGGGCUCAAAUUAUUGUCUGGACUGGACCGCUGGAUUAACUGGUCGGAGCUCCUUUCAUCAAGGUGACAUACUUAUCCGUUCUAGAAGGGUUAGAUCUCGUCCUGGCCAGAUAAGUCAAAAGGUUCCCUUAGACUACUCUCUUAGAUCUUAUCUAGAAGUCAUCUUUUUGGUUCCAAGGAUGAGGAUAUAUGUUCAAGGUUCACUGGUUAAAAGUAGACCGUUGGCAAAGUCUUUGAAUAAUACUUGUGAAGCAAAUGGGAUUAUCAUGGGCAAACGUGUUCACCUGACUCUUGGUCGAUGUCAAUUAGAGUGGGAGCAGGCAAAUUGUGGAAUUUUUUUGUAUUGGCAUGGCCGCUUAAUUGAGGCUUAUAAAAGAGUUGGUGGCAUGGUACAUAACGGAGCUGUGGGACGUGGAGUGAUUGGGGUUGUAGAUGUUUCUGAUAUAAUGGAUGAUGUGAAUGGUCGGGUUUGGGUGCAUAGUAACAAACAAGGUUUUCAGGAUUGUGAAUCAUAUGCUCUACUGGAGGAGUGGCUGGGGAAGAAGGCUGAUGAAUAUUGGGAUAAGAAUUUUGAUUCAUUGGUGCUAAAAAAGGGCAGUUUCCUGUACAAGCCUGACCAUGAAUGGGUUCAGUGUGAUAAGUGUAGGAAGUGGAGGAUGUUGAGUUCUGGAUUUGACAGCAAGAAUUUACCUGCAGAAUGGUUUUGUUAUAUGGAACCUUUUGAGGGAUCAUGUGAAACUCCUGAGCAAAAGGUUGAACGCGGCGUCAUUACAGUGUCUGCGAAACGGUCUGGAUAUGGCUGUAGAGAUGUUGAAGAUGAUGCUACACUCACAUCAGAAGGUGAUAGUGAUGAAAAUUUUGAUCAAACUAAGAAAGGCUCCAGGCAAGCGUUAAAGAGGAUCAGAAAGGGAGUUUCUAGGGCUUGUAAGAACGCUGUAUAGCAGUAUAUGAAGUGUCAACCAUUUUGGCCCUUGAAUGAUUUGUACAUGUCUAGAUUUGUGGGAGGGGAUUUGCUCAUCACCUCCAAGCUUCUAUUUAAAUCCAUGGAUAAUGAUGAAUGAUUUUGAAAGACUUGUGGGCUUUUCUAGGCCACAUCUGUUGAUUGAAAAUGGCAAAGGUUAUUUGAGUCUUAA